GUACUCUCCCCUCUCUCCUUCCCUGCCGAGGAGCGUCACGCAGUCGUCCCGUGCGUCUCCUCAGCAACUCCAGGAAGCCGCAUCUCGAGGAAUAUCCUUCCAAGGAAUACGUGCAGCAGGAGAUCACACAAGAGAGCACCUGUGCGAGUGGUCCGGAGAAGAGAGGGGUCUCCCCAUAACCUGAGCCAUGAGUCGCAGCAUUGUGCGGCAGAGCAAGUUUCGCCACGUCUUUGGUCAGACGGUCAAGGCCGAGCAGGGUUACGAUGACAUCCGUGUAUCCAAGGUGACGUGGGACAGCUCCUUCUGCGCCGUCAACCCAAAGUUUCUGGCGGUCAUUGUUGAAUCCAGCGGAGGUGGAGCGUUCCUGGUGCUGCCCCUCUCUAAGUCGGGUCGUGUGGAUAAGAACUACCCGCUUGUAAUCGGGCACUCGGGACCCGUCCUCGACAUCGACUGGUGCCCCCAUGACGACAACAUCCUGGCCAGCGGCUCGGAGGACUGUACUGCAAUGGUGUGGCAGAUCCCAGAUCACUCACUGACCCGCCCCCUCUCUGACCCCGUCGUCGUCCUCGAGGGCCACUCCAAACGUGUCGGUAUUGUCACCUGGCACCCGACGGCACGCAACAUACUUCUCACUGCGGGCAGUGAUAACCUGAUUAUAAUCUGGAACGUGGGGACCGGCGAGCCCCUCAUCUCCAUGGACGACCACCCAGACCUCAUCUACAGCAUCAGCUGGAAUCGAAACGGCAGCUUGUUUUGCACCACCUGCAAGGACCGACGUCUGCGCGUCUGCGACCCGCGCAAAAGGGAGGUGGUUGCGGAACGUCUGGCUCCACAUGAGGGCAUCCGGCCAAUGAGAGCCAUCUUCACCAGAGAUGGAAACAUUUUCACCACAGGAUUCACCCGGAUGAGCCAGAGAGAGCUCGGACUCUGGGACCCGACAAAUUUUGAGGAGCCUAUUGCACUAUUGGAAUUGGACACAAGUAACGGCGUGUUGUUACCAUACUAUGACGCAGAUGCAAACAUGGUUUACCUCUGUGGAAAGGGGGACAGCAGUGUCCGUUACUUUGAGAUCACAGAUGAGCCCCCUUAUGUCCACUACCUCAGCACCUUCAGCACCAAGGAGCCCCAGAGAGGGAUGGGCUUCAUGCCCAAAAGAGGUGUGGACGUCAGCAAAUGUGAGAUCGCCAGGUUAUUCAAGCUCCUUGACAAGAAGUGUGAACCCAUCACAAUGACGGUGCCCAGAAAGUCGGAUCUCUUCCAAGACGACCUGUAUCCGGACACAGCCGGGGCUGAGCCUGCCAUGGAUGCUGAGGAGUGGCUGGAUGGUCGUGAUGAAGAUCCAAUCCUGGUCUCCAUGAGGGGGGGUUACGUGCCACCCAAGAGCCGAGAGCUCAAAGUGGCAAAGAAGAACGUGCUGGACUCUAAACCCGCCACCCGACGAAGCAUGUCCACUUUGGACACCAACACUCUGCCGUUGCUUACUGUCCUUGACCUAUUUUCCAUCUCUUUUUCCUUAAUUCCCACCUCCCUGUCACUGUGUUUUUUCCUCUUUUGUCCUUCUGUUUCCCGUUUUUCCUUCUCUUCCCCGUCCAGCCUGAGCUGCUUGAGAGGCUGCUGGAGGAAAUUCAGAAUCUAAAGGCCACAGUUUUGUCCCAGGAAAAGAGAAUUUGUGAUUUGGAGAAUAAGCUUUCCCAGUUUACCAAUGGCACUGACUGACAAACACACCUUUUGAAGAAGUGCUUCUAAAUUUCAGAAUAUCUAUAUGACUAUAAUAAAACAAAUGUAUUAAACCUUUAAACAGGUACCAUUGUGUAGGAAUAGCAAUGUGGACAUUGGAUGUUAACUAACUAAUUUGAAUAAAUCACAUCUGUAAUAAUACAAUACUGUCAGACAAGGUUUACAACAAGUAGAAAAACACAAAUUACAGAUAAAUACUUUUUCAAACUGAAAUUUGAUGCACAUUCUCCUCAAACUACAUAGAGCGCACACACACACACACACACACACACACACACACACUCAAGCAAGCUAACACACUCGGCACCUUUCUUUUGCAUUUUCCCCUGUACAACCACCACCAGUUCAUUAAAUCUCUCUGAAAUCUUUUCAAAAAUGUAAAUAGUGAUAAAAUUAGUUGAAAGAUGUGAAAAGUAUAAUGUUUUGUGUUCUGUAAAAGAUUAUACAUUAGACACAUGACAAUAAUAAAAAGUGUUUUUUAAAAA